CAAAGCGGCAGACCAAACCAGUCACAAAGUUACUUGCGCCCGCUCUUUGCCAACUUGAGCUGUGUGACUGAGACAUUCAUAUACAUUCAUGGUGAUUGCAAACCAAACAUACAUCGUAUAAAAUGAUUCUUCAGCACACGCAAGCUCUGAACUCAAAGCGGAUUAUUCUUGCGUCGGGCUCGCCGCGGCGCCGCGAGCUGCUCGGAAACAUCGGCCUUAAAUUUGAAGUUCUGGUGUCCUCCUUUGACGAGAAGCUGCCCAAGGACAAGUUCGCAGGCGGCGGCGAGUAUGCGCUGGAAACGGCGAGACACAAGGCGCUGGACGUGGCAGGGCUCGUGUCGGGGCCUGCGGACUUGAUCAUAAGCGCUGACACGGUGGUUGAGGCCAACGGGCUGAUCCUGGAGAAGCCGGAUGACGAGCAACACGCCUUCGCCAUGAUCUCCAGCCUGAGCGGCCGCGAGCACCAAGUGCACACAGGCGUGGUGCUGGUGCUGCCCCAGCAGCCAGACCCCGCCACGGGCUCCCCGCCGCUCAUCCGCUCCUUCGUCACCACCACCCACGUCACAUUCGACACCCUGCCCGAUGAGGCCAUCCGGGCUUACAUCGCAACAGGCGAGCCGUUCGGCAAAGCCGGGUCGUACGGCAUCCAGGGCGCGGCGGGUGCCUUCGUGUCGGGGCUGCGAGGGUGCUACUUCAAUGUGGUUGGCUUCCCGCUACACAGGUUCUGUUCCGAGGUGGAUUCACUCAUCAAGGAGGGCAAGCUGAAGCUGUAGCGGCUGCAGGCGCUGUAGGCGCUGUGCGGCUGGCGUGCUGGGCAUUUGGUUGGCGGAGCGACCGGAGAGCAGUGCUGGUUGAGGAGCAGUGGGGCGCAGGAGCUUUGCGGCUGAGGUGCUGCAUGGCUGGGGCGUAGUGCCAUGGCUGCGCACCACUGCCCCAGGAGGCCCCCGCUGUUUACAGGUUUACAUAGGGCUGCAUGUUUCCCAAUGUCUUGGGGUUGCCAGCUCGGGACCGCCAAUUCGCGAUGGGGCCUGCUGCGGGGCCCCUAGCUGGCUAGUCCACCUGCCCACGCCCCACGCUGGGGCACGCCGGGGCAGCUCCAGGCAGAGUGUGGCGGCAACUCUGAAUCUGGUUCUGAGCUGGUGUGUGAGGCUGUGAGCUGGCUCGUGCGGGUUGGGCUUCACGGCAAUGCAAGGAGCAGGCGAUCCUGCUGAACUUGCAGCCGCAUCCAAGGGGAGGCGUGUCCGUGUGCGAGCUGGCGCGGCUGGGCCGGGCUGUAACCUGGAUGCGUC